AUGGAUUGCGAAGAGGACGCGUACCAGACUCGGAACGAACGACUCGAAGAAAGCCAGCGACUCUCUAGUCGGAUGCGACAUAGCUGGGAGAGCGGAGACUUUUGGAUCAUAUAUGCUGCAAGGAACAAUUUUGCCUUUGACGCCAUCUAUUGGAACAAGAUCGAUCAGCGAUUCUUCGGGUCCAAUAAAUCUGACGACAAUAUAUGCGAUGUAUGGAAGAAAAGACUUCAUCUCUUGGAACCUGAAGAAAAGGAAAUGAUGGAUAAAUAUGUGGAUUUGAAGCUUCAGGAGAAUGAGACAAGGCUUCUCUCUUGGGACCCAGAUCAGUAUACCCUGGAAUACAUGGCCAAGAUGGAAGCUUGA